AUGGCGAUGGGCCUGGCAGCUCUGGGGCUCCUCGCUUUCCUACUCGGCUGCCCCGGAAAGUUUGCCGAACCCCAAAACUCGGAGCCAGCCGCCAAGUCCUCCCUGAUCAUCACCUGGAAGAAUGAUCUCAACUCCCCCAUGGAGACCAACAGCGUCAAAUCCACCUCCGUCUUUGCGGGCCAGUAUCUAAAGUCUCCUCCCUCAGAAGCCAUCUCUGUCUUUGCGGGCCAGUAUCUGAGGGACAAGAACGGAGAGGAGCAGCUGAGGACAACGUGGCUGCUGCGUGAGAAGGUGGAAUCCGCUGCAGAGGAUUGGGGGGCGACCAGGGUUGGUACAGACACCUUCUACCGCACCAAGUGA